UUUCGCUCAAACUCUCUGGUGUGUUAUGGCUUUUGAAUGAGAAUAUUCAGUGGAACUCUGCUGUUGGUAUUUGCCAACUGAUAGUUUUAUUGUUGACCUGUGCCACUGUCAAGAUCUUUCGCAAGCUGUGAAAUCAUGUCUGUCGUGUUCUUUGCCUGAGAACCCAUGGAAUGUCAGUAUUUUAGCCAAGUAAAAGUACUUAGCUUGCAUGGAUCAACAUUCAACAUAUUUUAUAAAUAUGUUGUACGUUCUAGCAGGGCAAUUGACGAUGACAUACAGUUGUUUGUGUUGAAACGCAUGAAUUAGUGAAUGAAAGUUAACAGUCCGUGAAUAAUGACAAUCAUUGAUUGCCAUUUGAUGCCGAACUUGACACGUCUAUUUUAUGUUCAUCUUCAGUGUAAUAUAGAUGUAGGAAAUAUCUGCCUGUUCCAAUCUAUCACAUCCAGUAAAUAUCUCCUUGUAAAAAUGCUGAGACUCAGUCGCGACUGUAGAUCAGGGGCCUGUGAGUUGAGGCCCUGUGGAGACUGAUCUGUUUGUCACGAGAGGUGAUCGGAUGGUCAAGCUUUGAAUGACUAACAGUCAGAUACCACAUGCAUUUGCCUUUCUGCAGUAUGGCAGCAUCAGGCCUUGGGGGAGAUGCCAUCGGAGACAUGGAAAGUUCCAGUGCUUGUGUCAGUGACAAAAUGACCAGUACCGAAGAUUUACCUUGCAGUGAUUCAGAUGAUUCUGAGGUUGAUGGGAAUGACAAGAGAAGUACAGAUGACAUAUUCUUCGAAGGUUCAGACACUGAAGAUGAAAUUGAUUCCCACAUUGAAAAUAGAUGCAGGUCAAGGUCAAAAGCUCCAGACUUUGGGACAGUCUCAGGGAAACCGUUUGAAUGUGGUGUCUGCUGCCAGGAAUUUGAUUGCAGAUCAACGUUAACAAGACACAUGAAGAUCCACUACAGUCCGAGACCGUAUCAGUGUGAAGUAUGUUUCACAACAUUCACAGACCUGUCUUUACUUCAGAAACACUAUAUCAUUCAUUCUAGAUUGGACGCUUUGAAAACGCCACCAGCUAACGGUCAUGUGAGGCCAGAAAAUGGGGAAAAACCUUUUGUGUGUUUUGUGUGUGGGAAAUGCUAUUCUGGAUCAAACUCUUUAAGUAAGCACAUGAGGAAACACACUGAGAUCAAAUCGCACUCCUGCGAUAAAUGUGCCAAGACAUUUCUGUUUAAAGGAGAAUUAAAUCGUCACCAGAAAACACAUUCUAACGAUGCCCCUUAUAUGUGCAGCAUCUGCUGUAAGUCGUUUAAAUAUUCAUCGCAUUUGAAGGAACAUAUCGGGACUCAUAAUGAAGACAGGCCAUUUUCUUGUGACAGUUGUGGAAAAUCGUUUAAGUUGAAGUCCGGUUUGAAGGCUCAUAAGAGAAUGCAUGAUGGGACGUUUGCCUGUACAAUCUGUGGAACAUCGUACACUCAGAAACCCAGUUUGAGACAUCACAUGUGGAGGAAACAUCACCUUGAUGACAUCUGACAUCAUCGGUGAUGACAUUUGUCAUCAUUCAUUGUCACCCAUGAAGAGCCGGGUUAGAAUAGGUCUUCAGCAAACCAUGCUUGCUGUAAGAAGCAACUGUUCUUGUCGUAAGAAGCGACUAGUGGGAUUGGGUUAUCAGACUCGCUGACUAGGUUGAUGCAUGUGUUCAUAUCCCAAUGGCGUGGAUCGAUGCUCAUGCCAUCAAUCACUGGAUUGUCUGGUGCAGACUUGAUUGUUUACAGACCCCCGUCAUUUUGGUGGAAUAUUGCUGAUUGUGGCGUUAAACAACAAACAAGCAUUCAUUGUCAAGUUCUAGAUUUAUUCAUCAGAUAUGUUGCAAAGAUAUCAGUACUGUGUUUGGUACUUGUUAAUUAUUUGCUGUUUGAAAAAAAGUCGUUAGGUUUUGAAAAUCUAUUCAAUUUUUGUUACAAAAAAAUCAUACAUAUAUUUUAAAAUGUGAAACAAAUCUAUAAUCCCAUUACUCCAAUGACUUUCAGCUUGAUUUACAGAGUUAUGUCCCUUACCUCAAUUAACCCUUACAACAAUGUGUGAGUGAGUGAGUAUGGUUUUACGCCGCUUUUAGCAAUAUUCCAGCAAUAUCCCAGCGGGGGACACCACAAAUGGGCUUCACACAUUGUACCCAUGUUACAACAGAAAUGUUACAGAAAUACUAAAAGUGGUGCUAAGCCCACAACCCUUGCUUGUCCUAAAUGUUUGUUGUGAGAUGCUGCUAGCACUCAUCAAUACAGGGUCAGGUAACGGCAGUCUGUGACUUUAGCCCCCAGUCUGAAGCCUGAGUCUAGUAAAUGCUGAUUGUCCCAGUAAACUCACCUGGCAUUAGUCCACAUUAAACUAAAAUGUACUGAAAAAGAUGCUAAGAGUCAUGUACGUACUUGUAGUGGGUGAGUGAGUAUGGUUUUACGCCGCUUUUAGCAAUAUUCCAGCAAUAUCACGGCGGGGGACUUCACACAUUGAACCCAUGUCGGGACCCGGGUCUCCGGCGUGACAAGCAAACGCUUUAACCACUAGGCUACCUGACUGCCCCUGUACAUCCUUGUAAUGUGUAGCAGAGACUGUAGUAGGGACCAACAAAUCAAGCGUCAGGCUAUGUAUGUAAAUAUUUGUAUCUGUAUCAGGUAUCUGGAUUGUAAUAUGUAUUGCGAUAUACUGGGAGCUAAAGUGUUUGUCAGUGAUUGACACUGAUUGUACAUGCUGAUUCUAUUUUCUACCUACUUAAAUAUUGCGAUGUCAGAAUCAGCAUGGUCAGUCGCUGCCAUUUUGAGAGAUGCUAGACUUUCAGUCAACAGCAAGAAAUUGUAUGGAUGGCAACUUCUUUGUUUACAUUGUUGUGAUGUCUCAGUACAGAAGCUAGAACCAUGAGAUGCUUGUUAUUUCUUUACCCAAGUUCUAUGUCAAUCAAAGAGCGAUUGAAUGAAUAUGGUUUUACGACGCUUUUAGCAAUAUUCCAGCAAGAUCACAGCGGGGGACACCAGAAAUGGGCGUCAACCAAAGAACUAUAUGACCACACAAUGCUGGAUCCCUGGUUAUCGGUCAAAACAAUCAGUAUCACAAGUUGUUCCUAUUAUCAAUAAGAGAACAGACAAAGGUGAUUAAUUUUCAGUUAUUCGUGCUGAGCAUUAUAACCAUUGUUCGCAUUGUCGCAAUUAUUCUAAAAUGACAUCAUCGAUUAUUCCUGACGUCAUGGCAACGUGUGACGAUUUCCAACAAUAGAGUGACUGAGCUGGUGUCUUCAUUUGUGAUCAGGAAGCCCUCAUUGUUCUGCUGUUUU